AUGAACCGCACGUAUCAAGUUAUAUUAGUGUGUUAUAUUUGUUUUAUUGCUGCAAUGUUUCUUGAUUUUGGUGAAGCGAACGAAACAAAUAAAGUUAAUAGACAAAGAAGAUAUUUAAGUUUCAAAAAUAUAUCAAGAUUUUUCAUCCGGUUAAACUUCAAAGCGAACAUGGUGCCAUUUACCCAGAUCUUUGCCCAAGCUUUGGGUUUCCGCAUGAACUGGGAUGACCCUCCUGACUCCUUCCGUCCUUACAGACACCUCAGUCGAAGAGCUGUUUAUGACAAUUUAGAGAUACUGUUGAACAGGAAUGGGUUGGACGGCUUUCAGUGCGUUCGCCGAGCUAUAUGUGAUUUAGAAGAAAUAAGUGAACCAAAAUCUAUCUCGUUCAAAAUCCUGAAAAUGAUCUUUAGAAAGCAUUCAUCAGCAACGGAUAAAUGGCAUAACUACACACAGGAAGACUGUCGGACAUCAAUCAACGCAUGCCCCUUUUCGACGCUGGAAAUAUCCCCCUACACCGAUAUUUAG